AUGGACGCUCUCAUUUCUGCAGUUCUGGGACAAUUAACAAAACUUUUAAUUCAAAACAGCAAACGACAAUGGCAGCUACAAAGUGGGGUCGAGGAAGAAGUCAAAAAACUGGAGAGUAAUCUUGGGGAGAUCCAUGGCUUGCUUGAAGAUGCCGAAGAAAAACAGAUGAAGGAAAAGAGUAUCAAGCAUUGGUUGGAGAAUCUCAAAGAAACAGCUUAUGACGUGGAGGAUGAAUUGGAUGAAUGGAACACUGCACUCCUUAAAUUGCAGAAUGCUUCUUUUCUCAAGAGGAAGGUAUUUCCCUUCAUUUCAUGCUUUUCUUUUCGGCAGCUUCUUUGGCGUCGUGAUUUUGCUGUCAAAAUAAAGAAAAUCAAUAAAAAAAUAGCUGAUAUUGUUGAACAAAAAGACAGUCGGUUGACAGGAGUGAAAAUUAAACAACAUAAAAUUGAAACUGUAUCCUUUGUUGAUGAGUCAAAAUUACAUGGGCGAGAGGAGGAGAAGAAGAACAUAAAAAGUAACUUGUUAAGUCAGGAUGAAGAAAUUGGUGAUCACCUCAAAACCAUCUCUAUAUUGGGGAUAGGAGGAAUAGGAAAAACAGCUCUCUCCCAGCUAGUCUAUAAUGAUGAUGAUGUUAAAGCUCAGUUCCAUGAAAAACUUUGGGUCAGUGUCUCAAACUGUUUUGAUCUUACCACAAUUUCAAAAGCAAUUCUCAUAGCCCUUGAAAAACAUGACAUUGGUCCACUUCCAUUACAAACCCUUCUUGAAAAAAUCCAUAAAAAAAUUCAGGGAAAGAAAGUUCUCCUUGUUUUGGAUGAUGUGUGGAUAGAUGAAGUAGAAGAAUGGGAACCUCUAAAAAAAAUCUUCUGUAGUAGUCCGGAAGGAAGUAGGUUUCUGACUUUAGGAGGAAUAUUGCAAAGUAAAAGCAGUAAAGAAGAGUGGGAACACAUUUUAGAAAAUGAAAUAUGGAAAUUAGAGUUUGCAGAAAAAGUUUUUAAUCCUCUAUUUUUAAGUUACUGCAAUUUACCCCCUGCUAUAAGGCCAUGCCUCCUUUAUUGUGCUAUUUUUCCAAAGGAUUUUCUUAUAAUAAAAGACGUAUUGAUUCGCUAUUGGAUGGCGCAAGGUUAUCUAGAAUCUGAUGAAAAUUCGGAGUUGGAAUUAACGGGUGAAGAAUACUUCAAACUCUUAGCAUCUCGUGGGUUUUUCCAAAAUUUUAGAAACUCUGUCUUAGAGAAUCAGGUAGUUGCCUGUAAGAUGCAUGCCUUUAUACAUGAAUUCCUCCAAUUUUUGACAAAAGAUGAAUUUGUGUUGGAGAGUAUCAAUAAGAGUGAAAAACCGACACUAAGCUCAUCUUGCAAAAAAACUCGUCAUUUAAGGAUGGUACUUGGAGGAGAGACUUCUUUUCCUAAGUCCAUUGUCGGUGCAAAGGAUCUGCGGAGCCUUGUAACAUCCGUUCAUGAUGUGAGAGGAACCCAGAAGCUUGAUAUAAAUGCAGAACAGGGUGCGUCUUCUUCAAUAUUUGAAACUUUGUGGAGGCAACUUCAACUGACGAGCAAAAAGGAUGUCUUGACAAAUCGAGACUUGUGUAACUUAUUUAAUCACUCAAAACGUUUAAGGCUACUGGAUUUGCAUGCCGAUCCUUUGUCCGGGCAUGGUCGUCUGGAUAAAGGAAUUCCCAAAGAAAUAGGGAAACUGAUACAUUUGAGGUAUCUUAACUUGUCAGCCAUUUGGAAUAUGAAAGUCUUGCCUGAAACGGUGAGUGAAUUAUAUAAUUUGCAAUGCUUGGAAAUUUCAUGUUGCAUACAUCUUGAGAAACUGCCAAAAGCAAUCGGUAAACUUACCAACUUGAGGUACCUUAAUCUUUUGUGUUGCCCACGUCUAACCUGCUGCCCGAAAGGUUUGGCAAAAUUAACUUCUCUUAGGGAUGCAUCAGGGAUCAUUGUGAGAGCUGAUCGCAAUGACUCCAAAGAAUUUAGCAUCGGGGAUCUGGAAAACUUGGAUCGCCUUACUUCUCUUUGGAUAAAGCUGGUGGGGAAUACAAUAGAUGCGGAUGAAGUUAAAGCAGCGAAAUUUGGCAGUAAGACACAUCUCAAGGAAUUGAUUAUCUUCGGUAAGGAUGUUCCAGAAGAUAACAUAACUAAAGCCCUGAACUUGCCCGCCGGUGUAAAUGUAUUGUUCUUGAAAGACGCCGAUGCUAUGGUCGAUGAUGCUAUGAAUGUGUUAGAUGACCCCGAUGUAACAGGUGCGAUGAAAUUGAGGCUUUUUAGCCUAACAAGUGAUAUCAGAGCUGUGGUGAUUUCCAACAGUUAUAUCUUCAAUUCUAAGACUAGAAGUUAA